AUGACAACGCAAGCAAAAGACUAUGCUAACCAAGAGCAUAAUGGCGAUGAUCUUAUGAUAAGUGAGCAAAUUCAUCAAAUCACUCCACCACCUAUUGAUGUCACCGUUGGGGACGAUGUCGUAUCAUCUCGACUAUUUAUUAUGGAACCAGCACCAAAUGACGAUGAUGAGUGGGCUCAAUAUGAAGAAUCAUUCAUGCCUGAAGAACAUAAUAAUGAAGUUGAAGAACCUAAUAUUGAAGUUGAAGAACCUAAUAUUGAAGUUGAAGAACCCCCACCAAAGCAGAAAAAUACUAGGGGUAGAACCAAAAGACUAGAUAUAACGAGGCUGCAAAGAAUCGAUUUAGUUUCCCGGAUUGGGGUGUGGGUUCGAAUUAACAUACCACUUGUGAAUAAAAAGUGGCCACAAAUUGAUAAGGAGCUGAAGAACAGAUUAUGGAAUGAUGUUAAGGGUAAGUUCGAGCUGGAAGAGGAGGCAAAGAGACGAACAAUUCAAAAAGCUGGGGAGAGAUGGCGGGAUUGGAAAAACACCUUAACAAAAGGUAUUUACAAGGUUAAAGAUGUGGCUCCACAACUUCUUGAGAAGCCACCGAGAUUGUACGAAGACAUAAUCGAUGAGACCGAGUGGACAGAGUUUGUGGCUUCAAGAUUAACUAAAGAAUGGGGGGUGACGAGAAAGAAUGCCCAAGCUAGCAGGGCAAAAAAUAUUUACCCCCACCGCUCUGGACGAGGUGGUGCGAGGAUGGUGGAGUUACAGAUGGAGAAAGAGUUAGGCCACCAAUUGGUCAAAAUUGAUAGAGCCGAUUUAUGGAAGAGACUUCGCACAAACAGUAAAGGCGAGUUGGAAGGCCCAGCUGUGGAAGUUGCCCAACGCAUUGAUGACUUGCGAAAGCAACUCGAAGAGGGAACAAUAAGUGUGGAAGGGAAGAAUGACAUCUUGACCAUGGCCCUUGGGACAGAUGAACAUGGUGGUCGAGUCCGGGGCUUGGGUUAUGGUGUCACUCAAACCCAAUUUUUCCACACUCCACGCCCUACAAAGAGGAAAAAUAAAGAUGAGGAUAAUGAAGCAUUGUCAGAUAUGGAUAAGCGACUCCGUGAGACAGAGGAGAGUAAUAGACAGCUUAAAGAACAAAUGGCUGUACUCCUGCGUAUAGUUCGUUCCCAGCAUAGUGGUGUUGCGGGUACAUCACAUGCGUCUGGUUCGGGUGUUGGAGGAGAAUCUAACAAACUAGCCCGUGAUGAUGACAUUGUUUCUGCUCCUGAAGCACAACCACAAAGUCCUGUCCAUGUCUCUGCUCCACGACAACCGAGUACAGUGCAUGCUGAGAAGGUAACCGCUCCACCAGCUCCACCGCCACAUACCGAUGGCAUUUCAGAAAAGAAAUAUCCAUGUUGGCUGCAUGUUCGGUUGGAGCCUAGUGGAUUGUCAUUGAAAGUUGCUAAGGGAUUCAUGGUGAAGGAGCAAUAUUUGAAGAAUGGCAAGUUCUCAGUCCAGGGUUCUGAUUUCCUCUACAAGGAUUAUCGUCGGGUUUUCAUCGAUGAAGUCUAUGUAGAAAAUGCCCGUCUUCCAUGUCCCGUCGUUCAAAAUGGAUACACCACUGUAGGUCAUGCUGUAGGACUUUAUGUAGCAUGGCUAAAGGACUACAUUACGCCAGUUGGAGUAGAGUUGACGCAACGCCCCAAUAACCAAAUGCAGAAAAAGCAACCUGUGAGUGGAAAAGGACAAGUAUCUGAAGAAUUACUUGGUCCUCGAACACAGCCUCAAAAAAUACCAGAGAGACCAAGUAAAAAGGGUCGCUACGUUGCACCAAAAAGGACUUCAAUAAUCAACAACUUUUUUAAGUUACUCAACAUGUGGCCAAAAACAACAACAAUCCACUUUGAGGCCAGCAAGGAUUUAUUUGGGGUUGAAAACGACUCGAUAUGGCUUCCAACAAUUGACAUCAAGGAAUUGUGCCAAAUGGGAUUUUUAGGAGCCCAACCUAUUGCAAUCUGGUGCAAGUAUGAUAUCCAAUUCUUAUUAAACUUGAAAAUUUGUUUUGAGAGCUUGUUAUUAAUUGUGUGUUUUUAACAGGUUUUUGAAGGAACAGUUGCUAGAUGUUAAUGGAUUAAGCAGACUAUAUGCAUUUUUAAAUCCUGGGGCCAUUGCCUCUGAUGCUGGGGAUUAUAAUGCCCGUUCUCGAGCACUGCACAAACGUAUUCUUGAAAUUGAUAAUCCGGCUAAAUGGAUUAUUGCCCCCUAUAACAAUUAUAAUAUGUAUCAUUGGAUGGUUGUACUUAUCCAACCAAGUACACAUACAGUAGCGUACUUGGAUUCCAACAAUGGAUAUGUACCAGAAGAUUUAAAAUACAUUGUUAACACGUCGCUCAACAUAGUUAAUAAAAGCUUAACUAACCGCAAUGAUCGUCCCAUUGAGUGGAUAACUCCGAUAUGUCCACAACAACCAGACGGGAAGCAAUGUGGAUAUUAUGUCAUGAAAUUUAUUGAGAGUUUCAUGAACGAAGAAGAUCCAAUACGCCGAGUGAGAGAAAUGGGUAAGAGCGAUCCGUACUCAAAUGACGAGAUGAAUAUUUUGCGUGAUCAGUGGAUUGAAUAUGUUCGAGCACAAGCAGUGCGACAAGGGCUUUUACAAUGAUCAGUUUCUAUUUUUGUUUAUACUUUAUCCUAACUAAUUAGUGACAAUAUACAGUAAAAAUUAAUUAAUGUAGGGAAAAUUUUACUAUGUAAAACAGGAUCUGUUUAACUUUCACUAAUGACAAUAUAUAUACUUUAUCCUAA